GCUUCCCGUUUUGAGACAUCCCGGAUAAAUGACGUGAUGGGAGGCUAUCUUAUUGGUUGAUCUCUGUCGGGAUGACGUAUAUAUGAGGUCGGGGUGUACACGGCACCACACACCUCGGACACAGAGAGAAGUCGACUGUCCUUCAGCAGCUAUGCAUCUCCAACUACCCGCAACGUUAGCUGUGCUGUGCUGUGUCUCUGUCGCCACAGGAUAUGACCUAUUUGUUGACCUGACGUCAGGAACGACCAUCAACACCAGCAGCUCUCUGUCCUGGAAGACAUCACUAUAUGGAACAGGCACGUGCCGGAAGAGGGGCGUUCUCAAGCUGAGCUUUGGGGCCCCUGGGUCUAAAAGCAGGAAGAACAAAGUUCUGAUUGACAUGUGGUUUAGCAACCCAUCAGGCUGGGUGUUCAAUAUCGGCGACUCACCAACCAACAAUGGAUACGGUGGCGAUAGUCGUUCCACAUCUCGAGACGCCGAAAUACAAGGAAAAAGUUCAACAUUUCGCAUCUAUGGUAACGAUAUGAACUCGCCAAAAGGAGGGAUUCUCUUGACCCGGCCAAACAUCAUCUACAACCGUCUCAGCGUCAUCAUCGCCGACGGCCUCGUCAUCUGGAAUAAUUGGGGAGCAGAGUUCAACUAUUUCCUCAACACUAACCUACUGUUUGCCUUGAACGGACAGUCGGACUCCGAGGGCGGCUCCCCCAACUACGACAUCUACUUCGGCAUCAACCGCAGCAUCGGUUCCGGUGGUCGUGCCGGAAAAGGUCUUUGUUCUGCCUAUGUUAAGUGGCUCAGUUAAAGAACCCGGAGAGCGUGUGUUCCACCACAGUGUGACUGAAGCUUAAAGUCAAAUAAGUAAAGUUCCUCAUGUGUUCAAAACUGAUUUCAGUCAUAAAUCUCCAGUCGCUUUUCUGAGGCUGCGCCAGUGAUCGCACUUUCCUCAAAGUUAAAAUCAUGGGGAAAGUGUGUGAACAUUGAAAUGCUCUUGUUGGUGACAUGUUAUGUAAUGUUGUUAAAUGUCUUAAAACCUUUAGACUGACAUAAAUAUUUCAACAUUA